GUAUAUGAGCGCGAGCGGCGGGAGCCCGCUCCUUCCACCGCCAGCCGCUCCUGAGUCACCGCCGGCCCCGGCCCGCGCAGGGUUUGAAAUCUAGCAGAAUGGCAGACAUAGACAACAAAGAACAGUCUGAACUUGAUCAACAGGAUAUGGAAGAUGUUGAAGAAUUAGAGGAAGAAGAAACUGGCGAAGAUGCCAACAGCAAAGCUCGACAGUUGACUGUGCAGAUGAUGCAAAAUCCCCAGAUUCUUGCAGCCCUUCAGGAAAGACUUGAUGGUCUGGUAGGAACAUCUACAGGAUAUAUAGAAAGCUUGCCUAAGGUUGUUAAAAGACGUGUGAAUGCCCUCAAGAACCUUCAAGUUCAGUGUGCACAGAUAGAAGCAAAAUUCUAUGAGGAAGUUCAUGAGCUGGAAAGAAAGUAUGCUGCUCUCUAUCAGCCCUUAUUCGACAAGCGAAGUGAAAUCAUCAAUGCAAUUUAUGAGCCUACAGAGGAAGAAUGCGAGUGGAAAGCAGAUGUUGAAGAAGAUAUUUCAGAGGAAAUGAAAGAGAAAGCCAAGCUUGAAGAGGAAAAAAAAGAUGAAGAAAAAGAAGACCCUAAAGGAAUUCCUGAGUUUUGGCUGACAGUAUUCAAGAAUGUGGACUUGCUCAGUGACAUGGUACAGGAACAUGAUGAACCUAUCCUGAAACACUUAAAAGAUGUGAAAGUGAAAUUUUCAGAAGUUGGACAGCCUAUGAGCUUCACAUUAGAAUUUCAUUUUGAACCGAAUGACUACUUCACAAAUGAAGUUUUGACAAAGACAUACAGAAUGAGGUCAGAGCCGGAUGACUCUGACCCCUUCUCCUUUGAUGGACCAGAAAUCAUGGGGUGUACAGGUUGCCAAAUAGACUGGAAAAAAGGAAAGAAUGUUACUUUGAAAACCAUUAAGAAGAAGCAGAAACAUAAGGGUCGUGGAACAGUUAGAACAGUGACAAAAACCGUUACAAAUGACUCUUUCUUCAACUUCUUUAGUCCUCCUGAAGUUCCUGAAAGUGGAGACCUGGAUGAUGACUCUGAGGCAAUCCUUGCUGCAGACUUUGAAAUAGGUCACUUCUUGCGCGAGCGCAUAGUGCCCCGGUCGGUGCUGUACUUCACAGGAGAAGCCAUUGAAGAUGAUGAUGAUGAUUAUGAUGAAGAAGGUGAAGAGGCAGAUGAUGAGGAGGGGGAAGAAGAAGCAGAUGAAGAAAAUGAUCCUGAUUAUGACCCAAAACAGAAGGAUCAAAACCCAGCAGAAUGCAAGCAGCAGUGAAGCAGUGUGUAUGUGGCCUUGAGGAUUACCUGCACUGUAAUAGCCUAAACACAACUAUUAGUUACUUACAGCCUUAUGUUUUGUAUCUUGGUAGAAUUAAGUAACCAUUUUGUUAAAAAGAAUAAACACGUAAGAACCAGUUUAAAAUGUAGGUUCAACCUGCCUAGCAUCUGAAGAGCCUAAUUUUCUGCCAGUAACGUAGAAUGCAGUAAAUCCCUUAAAGCAUGAAUGUUGAUUCAUUGCUACAUAGUUUGAUUCUUGUGAAGUCUUUGUCAUGUAGCUAUUAGACUGCAGCUGUGAAGAUUAUCAGAACUGUUAACUGAGACCAAUCUUUGUUUAAACCAAUCUUUGUUGAAGAACCAACCAAAGUAUUUCUCAGCCCAGUAGUCGGAACGGGUUUAAGUCUGCUUGCACUAGCUGUGCCUUCAUUACUUUGUUCUAGCGAUGGCAGUGACCUGUACUAACCAGGAGAUGAUGAUGAUGAUGUGUUUUGAGUUUGACUCCUUGAGAAGACUAAGUAGAGCUUGUUGACUUUCCAGCAAGACCACAUUAAACAUUCAUGACUGUCGGCUUGUUUAUGCUAUGGGGUUUGUAUUUUUGUGACAUAGUGAUCUACAAGAGAAACCUAGUCAUGAGGUUAUUGUUUACCACUGGGGUGUGAAUAAAGCCUAGUAUUUUCAGAA